AUGCUGACUAGAUCGAACAAGUCUUUGGAGUGGAAUGACAGUUUAUUGGAUCCUAGUUCCGAUUUAUAUCGAAAUUAUUCAGCUGAAAUUUGUAAUUUGCUUUUGGACAGCAUAUAUUCAACUAAUAUUGAGGGAAUAAUCAAUGUUAAUUGCACAGUUGUUGGCUUCUCGCGUGGAUCAGUUGUUGGAAAUGCAGUAUUAGUCAUCGACCAUAGUAGCACAAGUGGGAAUUUCUCAUCGACUGAAGUGACAAAAGACACUGUUCAAAAUGCUGUUGUGGCAUACAUAGCAGAAAUGGUUGCCAAUGGGUCGGAGCAAGUGUACUUCGAUACAUCAAGUGGCUGGACAGUAGAAAGUGAGUGCAUGUGA